CACUUCUUAGAAUCCUUGCGACAUUACUGAGCAACCGACCCCACUAUUUGUUGACCAAAUGUUACCCCUCCAAGGCUUGAAUAAAUACGAAAACAUCAAACUCCGGGUUUUUCUUGAAAGACAUGAUUUCAGUUUGCCAGCGAUCGCAGAGAUGACAAUAUCAGAGCACGAGAAGGAGAUUGCAGAGUUUGGGAAGAAUGACGACUUCUGGAUAUUUGGAUACGGGAGUUUGAUCUGGAAACCCCCGCCGCACUAUGACAAAAGAGUCCCCGGGUACAUAGAAGGCUACGUCCGGCGCUUCUGGCAGGCUAGCGAAGACCACCGCGGCACCCCUUCCUCCCCAGGCCGCGUCGUCACCCUCAUCGACCACGCGCACUGGCUCACGCUGCGCGCCCGCGACGCCCACCCGGCCAGCGAACGCGUCUGGGGCGCCGCAUAUCACAUACCCACGCACCACGUCGCCGAGGUGCGCGAGUACCUGGAUCUGAGGGAGAUCAAUGGGUACAGUAUACAAUUCACGCCGUUCCAUCCUGCGUCUUCAGUAGGGGAUGAGAAGCCAGCGACGACGCCGAUACGAUGUCUCGUAUACAUCGGCCUACCGUCGAACCCGCAAUUCGUCGGGCCGCAGGAUCCGCGCGAGUUGGCGAGGCAUAUCCUGCAAAGUCGGGGUCCGAGCGGGGAGAAUAGAGAGUAUUUGUAUAUGUUGGAGGAAGGGCUGAAGGGUUUGAGUGGCGAGAGUGGGGAUGAGCAUGUGGCGGAUUUGGUGAGGGAGUGUAGGAGGAUUGAGAGGGAGGAGGGCGCGAGGGAGGAGGUGGAGGUGAUUGGGGUGCCAUUGCAUAGGAAGGGCAGUGUGGAGGAGCAGGAGGAGGUGGAGAAGCUGGGUUGACGAGUGUGAUUCCAUAUAUGGUGCGGGCGUAUAACAUGUCCAUGCAAUUCCAUGACAUAUCCAAACGCCCGCUUGCAAAACAUAUAGAGAAAAUGGUAUCUUACAAUCCGUAUACCGAAAGCAUUGCCAGAACGCCCAAAGAUGCGAAGCAAUUUUCCUCUUACUGAAAGUAAGAAGCCCAUCCAUCUAUGCCCAGGCACCCACGAGCGACAUCAGAGCUGCGCCCCCAACGACACAAAUACAAGCUUGAAUCCUCUUCUUGCCCGUGAGCACUCUAUAGCUGUCCUCGCUAAGAAA